GGGUGAAGACAACGAGGGAAUUAGAAGACGAAUAAGGCAUCAUCGGAAAAAUUGUGCGAUCCACACUGUAGUGGGAGGCACUAGCUAGCCCUUGAUUCACUGAUCCACGUGAGCCUCUUCAUUUUCCUCUAAGAAAAUUAUAUCAAUGGGAACUUCACCGGCGGUGGGUGGGAGCCCGGAAAAGGAGCAGCAGGCCGCCGGAGUGGGAAUUCUCCUUCAAGUUAUGAUGCUAGUCCUCUCUUUUGUCCUCGGGCACGUCCUUCGCCGGCACAAAUUCUAUUAUCUACCUGAAGCCAGCGCUUCUUUGCUUAUCGGUUUGAUUGUUGGUGUACUUGCUAAUAUCUCCGACACUGAGAUAAGCAUCAGGGCGUGGUUCAAUUUCCAUGAAGAAUUCUUCUUCCUGUUUCUCCUACCUCCAAUAAUUUUUCAAUCAGGGUUCAGCUUAUCACCUAAACCCUUUUUCUCCAACUUUGGAGCCAUUGUCACAUUUUCUAUUCUAGGGACUUUCAUAGCUUCAGUUGUUACAGGAGUUUCAGUCUAUAUUGGCGGUCGCAUGUACCUCAUGUACGGACUUCCUUUUAUUGAAUGCCUAAUGUUUGGCGCUCUCAUAUCAGCUACCGAUCCUGUUACGGUUCUCUCCAUAUUUCAGGAACUUGGCACUGAUGUAAACCUUUAUGCUUUGGUCUUUGGAGAAUCUGUCUUAAAUGAUGCUAUGGCAAUAUCUUUGUACAGGACAACAUCCCUUGUAAGAAAUCAUGCAUCUGGACAGAACUUCUUUAUGGUGAUUGUCAGGUUUCUUGAGACCUUUGUCGGUUCUAUGUCUGCAGGUGUUGGAGUUGGAUUUGUUUCUGCUCUACUCUUUAAGUAUGCUGGAUUAGAUGUUGACAAUCUUCAAAACUUGGAGUGCUGUCUCUUUGUUCUUUUUCCUUAUUUCUCGUACAUGCUUGCAGAGGGAAUCAGCCUCUCUGGUAUUGUGUCGAUAUUGUUCACAGCAAUUGUGAUGAAGCACUACACAUACUCAAAUUUGUCAGAAAAUUCUCAGCGAUUUGCAUCUGCUUUUUUCCACCUAAUCUCAUCACUGGCUGAGACAUUUACAUUUAUUUACAUGGGUUUUGAUAUUGCAAUGGAAAAGCACAGCUGGUCGCAUGUGGGAUUUAUCUCUUUCUCAGUUUUAUUUAUUGUAGUUGCCAGGGCAGCCAAUGUCUUUUCUUGUGCAUAUCUGGUCAAUUUGUUUCGUCCUGUACAACGGAAAAUACCUUUAAAUCACCAAAAAGCUCUCUGGUAUAGUGGUCUUCGAGGAGCAAUGGCUUUUGCCCUUGCUCUGCAAUCUGUUCAUGAUCUUCCAGAAGGACAUGGUCAGAUUAUAUUCACCGCAACCACUGCCAUAGUUGUUUUGACGGUUUUGUUAAUUGGAGGUUCGACUGGUACAAUGCUAGAAGCUCUUCAAGUUGUGGGAGAUAGCCACAGUGGUCACUUAGGGGAAAGCUUUGAAGGUAACAAUAGAUAUGUCGCUCCAUCUUAUAACGAAGACGGACCAUCCGGAAACAGGUUUAAGAUGAAAUUGAAAGAGUUCCACAAAAGAACAUCAUCAUUCUCUGCAUUAGAUAAGAAUUACCUCACCCCAUUCUUCACAAGCCAGAAUGAAGAUGACGAAGAUGAUCAGCCGAUGCCCAGUUCUAGAAGGGGAGGGUUUUAUGGCCAAUAGACAGUGUCCUCAAGAGCAGCUACAAGGAAUUAACUCUUUGGUACGUACACAUGUAAUAAAUGUUUAUGUAUUUCACUUCAAAUCAAAUAAAUGAAAACGUAUA